AUGCCUAUGGAUAAAUCAAAUGUGGACAUGGUGCCAAUAUGGAUUAAAAUGGGAGGGCUAUCAAUUAAAUACUGGGGGGAAAGAAGUUUGUUUAAGAUUGCUGGUUUGGUAGGACGGGCUGUGAAAAUGGAUGAGGCCACAAAAACUAAGGAUAGGCUGAGUUAUGCUAGAGUGAUGGUGGAAGUGUCUAUGAAGCAGCAGUUACCAGAUUCUAUAAGUUUUUGCAAUGAGUAUGGGAAGAUGGUGGAGCAAAAAAUAGAAUAUGAGUGGAGACCUGUGGUGUGCAAAAAAUGCUCAGGAGUUGGUCAUAAUGAAGAGGAUUGUAGGAAAAGUAUGGAGAAGAAAGUUUGGAUACAAAAGAAGAAAGUAGUGAUUGACAAAGAGGGGUUUCAACAAGUGGGUGGAAAGGCUCCACAACAGGUGCAGGUAGAGGUUGUGCCAAUUCAUAAUCCUUUUAAUGCACUGUUGGAUGAUGUGGCUGAAAUUAGUGAGGAUAAUGCUGUGGGAGAAGUUGAAGGUGACAUGGGGGAAAGAGAUGAGGACAGAUUAAGGAAGGAGGAGAUUAUGAGUGAACAGGGGCAGGGGCUGACCACCCCUAUGCCUAAUGGAUAA